AUGACUGUCUUUUCCAGGCACAAAGGUUUUCUCAAAGAUUGUCCCAAUGGCCUUUUGACCGAAGAGGGCUUUAUAAAGAUAUACAAACAGUUCUUCCCUCAAGGAGAUCCGACGAAGUUCGCUUCUCUUGUCUUCCGAGUCUUCGAUGAGAAUAAUGACGGCUCGAUCGAGUUUGAAGAGUUUAUUCGAGCGCUUUCCGUCACGUCCCGAGGAAAUUUGGACGAGAAACUUCACUGGGCUUUUCGGCUGUACGACGUGGAUAACGAUGGUUUUAUCACGAGAGACGAAAUGUACAACAUAGUCGACGCUAUCUACCAAAUGGUGGGUCAACAGCCCCAACCGGAAGACGACAACACGCCGAAAAAGAGAGUCGACAAAAUUUUCGAUCAAAUGGACAAAAACCACGACGACCGGCUGACGCUGGAAGAAUUUCGGGAGGGGAGCAAAGCCGACCCGAGGAUAGUACAGGCCCUGUCGAUGGGAGGUGGUGCCGGUGCCAUGGAACUGAACCAACCACAACACGCAAUUUAGCUACCUGGUUAAAUUGCUUCAUUUACCGGCCGGUAUUUUAAAAGAAAAAACAAAAUGGAAACAAACACAAUUUUCCCCCAAUUGUAAUUUCCAGUUCAACCAUCCAUCAGUUCGUGCCACCUAGCAAAAUCAGUAGGGGUUGUUAUUUACUGAAAUAAUUUAAUAAAAAAUUGGCUUUCAAUAUUUGUUAUUUAGAAUUAUGUGAAUUGUGAUUAAUCUGUGGUGUAAAGUGCUACCGAUGUUGAUUCAAAUUGUAGUACUAAUUCGUAGAUAUUAGAAUAGAUUUGUCUAAAAUUUGUUUACAAAAUUAACAACAAAAACAUACUAUUCCGAGCAGUAAAGUAAAAUUUUGAAAAAACAUUGGAACUGAAAUUUAUACAUAAUUUAUACCACGUAGGCAGACAAUUAGGUUUUUUGGUAGCUGUGUCAAAAAUAUUAGACUAAAUUGUAGCCAAUAAAAAAAAAGAGGCGAAAAGGUUAUAACUUUUAUGCAAUUUUUUAUAUUUUUUGGUGUUUUUUGUAUAGUUAAGCCAUGGAAUUAGAAAAGUUGACACUAGUCGUAUCAGAAUGGAUUCAGACAAUUCAGUGGCCCUCCUUCCACUUAUUGAUUUUCGUCAAUGGUGAGACAAACACAAAGUCCAUCUCUAGAAAGAACGUUUUUUCAUCUUGGUACGGAAAAUUAACUCCGCUCGACUUUAUUCUGUUUUUGAAUCCAGCUUAAAUCGAAGCUUUUUGUAUUUACUUGUCCUUAUUAUUUGAAAAUUGUCACCUCUAUUUUAGCACGAGAGAUAUCGUUUUCUUCUAUCGGACGUAAAAUAAUAAUUAAAUAGAAGAUAACGAGUUCUUGUGCAAUAAAAAAAUGCAAUCAUUGAAAUGGCCUAAAAGCUUAUUUAAAAACAGUGUUUUGUUUAAAUAAAUAUGUUAAAUUGCUUGAUCAAAAGCCCUUGAAAUCAAACUUUGUUGCACCCCUUCCUCAGCUAGACUAAAAAAUUCAAUUAUUUUAGAGACCUAUCGCUAAACUGCGUGAAUUUUUAAUUUUAACACACGCACAUAUGUAUAUAUGAAAUAUUUCAUAUAUACUCAAAAAUAUUCGUUUAUAUUGUAUAUAUGAAUAUAUAUACAUGAAAUGUAAAAUUCUUCACGUUUUUAAAGCUUGAGGAGUUAAAUGGAUAAAUCAAGCUAUUUGUACACAAAAUAUAGACAAUUCGUGAUUAUUUUUAACAGCUAACUGUUAUCAAUUUUAUACCUAACUUGUAGUGGAUAAUUUAAUACAGUUUUGAAUUUUUAUUUUAAUACAUCUGUAGUUCCAUAAUCCACAAUUCAACAAAAUCAUCGUGGACUAGACGUCAUAGCGACAUUCUUAGAACCUAGUUCUGGCGUUUUUCUAGAUGUCUCGCAGUUCAUGUCAAAAGAAAAUCAAAUCCUUUUUUCCUAGUAUAUAUUAUCUCAACUUAAAUUUCUACCUGAUCAUUUCAUGAUAUUUAACCCUCAACCUCGGGGAAUUCAUCAAGGGAGGAUCCUAGGUCCGUUAUUUUUCAUAAUAUACACGGUAGACUUCUUACAAUACACUAAUACACUCUUAUAUAUUUUGAAAGUACAUUCUUUUCUGAAAAUCUAGUUCCUGCUCUGGUUUCUCCAAAACCACAUCCAUAGAACCAAUGUUCAAUAAAUAAAGGAUAAAAAUAAAUGAAAACAAAUACGGUCUACUGCUGAAACGCAAUCCUUUCUAUUUCAUACUCUUCUUUGAAAAUCCUAACAUGAUUUUAUCAUGUUACCAAUUUCUCCUGUUCAUUUAGACUUCUCUGGAGUUCCCCAAGGGGACAGCCUAUGUCGGUUACUUUUCACCACAUACACGGCAGACUUCCCACGUCGCUCUAAUACCAUCCUUUUUCUCACAAUAUAGCAACCUUAAAAAACCUCAAUCCUCCAUAAAUGGAGAAUAAAAAUAAAUAAAAACAAAUCCUAAUAUGUGCCCUUUACCUUCAGAUGUAAAAUACUCCUUCCCGUUGAUAUGAAUCAAAUUCAACUUUUUGGAGCAGAUCGCGACAAUUGAGACUGAACAUGAACUAAUAUUGACAUGGAAUUCACAUAUGCGACUUAAAAAUGCAAAAUUGAACAUGUACAAAACAUCUACAAAAUUACAAGAAAUAGGUUGAAGAUUUACUAUUUAUAACUGCAUAAAAAAUACUUACGUACUAGCAACGUCUAAAAAAUCAAACUUCCAAUCCAGUCCAAAAUCAUUCUGGUUUUCUAUGUUAGUAACCAAACUGAAGUUCUUCGAAUAACUUAUGUUCCUGGCCCAGGCUAAUCCCGAUAACUCAUAUUCCACCAAAAUUGAUUUUUUUCGUUUCUUUUCUAUUUUAUCCUCCUUAAUAAUCCGACCAACUACAAACUUAAAGCUCACAUUCGCGCUUAACACGCCACUUACGUUUUUUCAUGUAAACUAUCUGCUUAUUGCGUAAAUUGGUGCAGUUUUAGAUAAAUAAUAAUACAAAUUUAUUAAUCGAUAUUUUUGUCACGUGUGCUUUUUCAAAUCUGAAUUCUUCCAGAAAAUAUAUUUAAAUAUUUAAAUCUAUUUAUAUAUAAAUAUAAAUCGUUAAAUAAGUAAUCUCUUUAGGAUUUAAUAUCAAUUUAAUGUUUUCAAAUAUAUCGUAAUAAUGGCUUUUGAAAAGGUUUAAUUCAAUAGUAGCUAGUUUGCUAAUUGUAGACCAAAUAAUCACGAGUAUGUAGCUAAGUAUGUUUUAAUGCGUUUUUCAAUAUGACUUGCUUAUUCCUGUUUUGUUUAGUACUAAAUAACAGUUUUCUAAUCAAUAAGCGUGCGUUGUUUGGCCAUUGUUGAAAGUUAAACUACAACUCACAAGUCAAAUGUGCAUUCACCCGGGAAGAAUUUAAAUUUAACGUAGCCGCAUCUACUUGACAACGAAUCGCAGCGAUUUUUCAUCUCGACUAUUCAGUUAUCUUAUAUUUAAUCGUCGAUUAAAACAGAAUUGUUUGGACAAUCAGGAAAGCAAAGACAAUCUUUUCUAGUUCCUAAAUUCGCACGCAGGAAUCUCAGGUCGACCUGGUUUUCUUUUUAUUUUUUUCUAUACAUUUCUACCCGUUGGGACCAUAUUUUGAAAUAAUCAUUUGGAAAAUCGAACAAUAACAGGCCAAGCACAGUUAAAAAGUCUUUCGACAACGCGAUCCUUUUUUUUUGUAAUAUAAAGGAUCCACUGGUAUUUCAUUUAAAAAAAUUAGUUUCAAUUUGUGUGAUUAAAACACAUCUGGUUUAUUCACGUACAUAGUUGAACUAAGAAAGGGAGUUGCAACAGAUUUUGAUAACAGAGUUUAGUCAGUCUUUUAAUUUGGCAUAUCUAAAAACCAAAAAUUACGAUUUUGUAAUAUAUAUAUAAUAUAUAAUAUCUAUAAUAUAUAGCCCUGCAUGCUUACAGUAAUUAGAUAAUUAAAAAUAUUAAAAAAACUUUUAUACAAAAAUUUGUAAUUUUCGCUAAGAGA